AGUCAGCUGUAGAAGGAUUCUCCACCCCAAAACGCUGUAGAAGUGUCGUGUAAUACACCAUGAAUUUCAGCAUAAAGAGACACAGCACAGCGAUAAGAUCUUAACAAAAUCAACACUAAAGACACGUUGCUGAAGAAGGCAGCAAUUCCUGCUUUAUUGUUAAUGUUAGUUGAGGAUGGCGUCUCUAUUCGAUCAGUAUGAGCAGGCUACAGCUAGGGCUGCAUCAAGCAUCACUAUGGUACCUAGAGAAACAGUCGCUGCCCCUAUCGCCUCUGGAUAUGUUACAGCUAAAAUGGAAGAGGAGGUUCGCAUCUUUAGCAAGAUGAAGAUAAAUUUCACGCCGCCCCGACCCAUAACUCAUCUGAUUGUAAACAACAACAUGUUGAUGAUGGCCAUGUCGGAUAACGUUGUCCUACGAAUUGACUUGGAGCAUCCCGAUCAACCUGACGAGGUUAAGCUUGGUGAUGAUCGCAUCCAUAAACUGUUCUUGGAUCCGACGGGUCAUCAUCUUAUCAUCAGCACUGAGCAACAAGACGUCUUGUACUUAUCCAGGACGGGGCGCAAAGCCAAACAGCUUCAGAAACUCAAGGGCCACCUCAUUGAUUCUAUUGGAUGGAACAAGUUGAAUACCAGUGAAAGCACCACUGCAGAGAUACUGGUGGGAACCAGUCGAGGUUUGAUAUUUGAGACGGAGAUCCAGUCUGGAGACGACAGCAGAUUCUUCCAACAGAGCCUUGAACAGUAUUGGAAACAGGUCUUUAAUUUGGGCAAAGAGGGCCCAGUGCCAGUCACCGGGCUAGAGGUUGAACAUGUUCAACCUUCACCUCAAAACGAGCGUAGAUUCUUUGUCAUGGCAACAACACCAGGACGUCUAUAUCAAUUUAUAGGAGUGAUACCAAGUUCUUCAGAGACACCAGUAUUUCAAAAUGUCUUUCAUAAAUAUGAAGCAAGCCCUGCAAGCUUCCUCGAGUUGCCCGGUAACUUUGGUUACAGCAAACUUCAGUUCUUCUAUCCCAAAUCCAAAACAGUGCCAUCACACUUUGCUUGGAUGACGGGACCGGGCAUCUACUUUGGAGUGUUUGACUUCAACAACCAAUCAACAGACAACGUGACCAAGGACAGUCGUCUCUUACCCUACCCUGAAAGUGACAAGGAAGGUAGCAGCGAUGUUGAACCAAUUGCCAUGACGAUGACCGAAUUCCAUGUGUUGCUUCUAUUCCCUGACAGGAUGAAAGUGAUGUGUGUUUUGAAUGAGCAACUUAUUGAUGAAGACGUGUAUCAUGCAAGAUACGGUAAAAUCUUAGGCAUCUGCAGAGACAGGACCAGAGGUACCAUCUGGACCUUUACAGAUCAGAGUGUCUUCAAGUACAAAGUGGUCAAAGAAUCGAGGGACGUCUGGCGAAUGUAUCUUGACCAAGGAGACUUUGACCGAGCCAAAGAACAUUGUCGGGACAAUCCGGCCAACUUGGACAAAGUGCUCACCAGACAGGCUGAACAUUUCUUUGAAAAGGAAAAGUAUGACAAGAGCGCCCUCUAUUUUGCCAUGACGGAGAGGUCAUUCGAAGAGGUCGCAUUGAAGUUCAUCGAGGCACAACAGACGACCGCAUUAAGAAUGUUCCUGAGUAAAAAGCUGAGUGCUCUAAAGCAUGAGGAGAAGACCCAGAUGACGAUGCUAGUCAUGUGGCUGAUUGAGUUAUACCUCAACCAACUCGGUGAGUUUCGCUCCAAGGAGGAAGCUCGUAACACUCACGACACUGUCCACACCGAGUUCCAGAAGUUCCUCGCUCAAUCCAUGGUCAGGGAUUGUCUGAGUGGUAACGUGGACACUGUGUAUGAUUUGAUCGCCAGCCACGGAGACAUUGAAGACAUGGUUUUCUUUGCCAUGCUCAUGAAAGAUUACGAGCGAGUCAUCAGUCACCACAUCCAACAUGACGACUACCACUCGGCCCUAGAGGUGCUACGCAAACCCAAGGAUACCGAACUGUAUUAUAAAUUCUCCCCGGUGCUCAUGCAGCACAUUCCCAACGAGCUGGUCAGUGCUUGGAUCGAACAGGGCAAGACGCUAGACCCUAAGAAGUUGAUCCCGGCCCUGGUGCAGUACGACCAUUCAGCUCAAUCCAGCCAGGCGAACGAGGCAAUCCGUUUUCUUGAAUUCUGCGUUCUACUCUUGGAUAACACAGAGCAGGCCAUUCAUAACUACCUGCUAGCAUUGUACGCCAAGUACCAGCCAGAUAAACUUAUGGGGUAUCUGGAGAGACAAGGAGAUAUUGAAGACAAUGUGCAUUAUGAUCUGAAGUACGCAUUAAGACUCUGCGCUGAACAUGCUCACAAGAGGGCGUGUGUCUACAUCUACACCACGAUGGGACUAUAUGAAGAGGCAGUUGAUCUAGCAUUACAGGUUGAUGUAGACCUUGCCAAGCAGAGUGCAGAGAAGCCAGAAGAAGACGAUGAACUCAAGAAGAAGCUUUGGUUACGCAUCGCUAGACACGUCGUAGAGGAGCAGAGUGACAUCCAGAAGGCCAUGCUGGUACUCCAUGAAUGCCCACAACUCAAGAUCGAAGACAUCUUGCCGUUCUUCCCGGACUUUGUCACCAUCGAUCACUUCAAGGAUGCAAUCUGCAGCUCCUUGGCCGACUACAACCAACAUAUUGAGUCCCUUAAGAAUGAGAUGAAAGAUGCCACAGAGAGCGCUAAGGCCAUCCGGGGGGACAUCCAAGAGAUGAGAAACAAGUAUGGAAUUGUUGGAGGCAACCAGAAAUGUUCCUCGUGCAACUACCCAUUGUUGACACGUUCCUUCUACCUCUUCCCAUGCCAACAUAUGUUCCACUCAGAUUGUUUAAUAAAUGAGGUUUUACCACACCUGACGAUAGCCAAGCGCAAUCUAAUGUCAUCACUCCAAAGGCGGCUGUCCCAGCUACAGUCACAUCGCAGCACGACAGCAACAGCGCCCUCAACUGACGGCAUCACAAAGCGCGACGAGGUGGAUCAGAUCAAGAAUGAGCUGGAUGACAUCACGGCGGCUGAAUGCGUGUUUUGUGGGGAGAUCAUGAUAAGAUCAGUGGAUAGACCCUUCAUUGAGCCAGAUGAAUAUGAGGCGACGAUGAAGAGCUGGGAAUAAAAAGUCACCACACAGAGAGAGAAAGAGAUGUCCGGUACAAGCUUCAGCAUUUUUAUUCAAAGUGUAAUUUAUAUAUUUAUCUUCAAGUAUGCGCUAAUCCUCCAAUCAGAUUGGCAGAAUGGAGUGGUGAUUUAAACCUAUA